UUGAAGCGGCUGCCUCGGAGCUCUCCGGUAACAGAGACAGUAGACGGCACUGACUCACGCUGACGAUCCACGGACAGCACAUUUUAGACUCUACCUGACCUGCAGUUGAAGAUCCGACAGGAGGGCUAUUAUGAAGGCAUAAGAGAACUUUCAUCAGAUUUUUUUAGGGGGGGAGGCUGUUUCACCAUCUUUCCCGUAAAUUCGGACAUCAAAUAAAGUCAGAAUGUACAUCAGUGAUUUAUAAACACCAGAUGGCGGUGAGCUGAAAAAUCACUAAAACACAUCUGAGUGUGUUGGGACGGGACACGGUGUUAUUCUUCUCCCCUCCUUGUCUUUUAUUACACAGAACUUGUUUUCCACUGGUGGCGGACCUUCUAGGCUAUUUUCGUCCUUAAUUUUGUCAGACAUUAUCCGACCCCCUUAUUCUCCCUCCUCCACUACCGCCUCGUCCUCCUCCUCCCGUUCCUCCUCCAACCGUCUUCACUUGGUUUAAAAAAACAAAAAGAAAAGAAAAAAGAAAGCCACCAAGGAGACACGACUACACUCUACCCGCCAGCGUUCAAAGGGAAUCAAAACAAUCUAAUCAACAUCAGCACAGGACUGGACCCUGACAAGGAUGCUACUCCAGCACAGAGGCUACUAGACGGUCCAAACAGCCUUUGCCAAUAUGUUCAGGCCAGGUUACGGUGGGGUGGAGCUACUGUUGGUGUUGUGGGGCCUGGAUCUCUCUUCACCCUGCCCUCGCCACUGUAUCUGCUACACUUCACCUAGCACUGUCUCCUGCCAGGCCCACAACUUCCAUGCUGUGCCUGAGGGCAUCCCCGCUCAGAGCGAGCGCGUUUUCUUGCAAAACAACAAGAUCCAACGGCUACUUCGAGGGCAUUUCUCGCCCACUACCACUAUGCUGUGGCUUUACUCCAACAACAUCUCCUAUAUACAACCAUCCACCUUCCAUGGCUUUGACCGCCUAGAGGAGCUUGAUCUUGGGGACAACCGGCACCUGAAGGCCAUUGCCUCAGACACCUUCCUGGGCCUUGGUCGGCUACAUGCCCUUCAUCUAUACCACUGUGGCCUGAUCACCCUCCCUCCCGGGAUCUUUUCAGGCUUACAUAAUCUCCAGUAUCUCUAUCUACAGGAUAACCAGUUAGAAUUCCUAGAGGAUGAUUUGUUCAUCGACCUUCUGAACCUCAGUCAUCUCUUCCUACAUGGCAAUCGUCUAUGGAGUCUUCGCCAGAACACUUUUCGAGGUCUAGGAGUCUUAGACCGGCUCCUUCUCCACCAGAAUCGAAUCCAGUGGGUUGAUCGUCAGGCCUUCCAUGACCUUCGGCGUCUCACUACUUUGUACCUGUUUAAUAACUCCCUCACUGAGCUGUCUGGUGCCACCCUGACUCUUCUGCCAGCCCUGGAGUACCUGCGACUCAACGACAACCCCUGGGAGUGUGACUGCAAGGCCCUGUCACUUUGGGAUUGGCUGCGGAGGUUCAGAGGCUCCACCUCCUCUCUGAUGUGUGUUUCGCCGCCUGAGCUGACGGGGAGGGACCUGAAAACGCUCAAGAAAGAGGAGCUGCCCAGUUGCAUAUCAGGCGAGAGUCAUGCGCAUGGCGCCCCAGGCAGAGAGAUUGAGCACGGGGAGUCUUUAAACCACCUGAAUCGUCACAGAAACCAUCACAACCACCAUCAGCGGCCAUACUUGCCCCACGGGGACCAGUACAGCUUGCCUUCACCCUCACCCCUACCACGGCCACCUAAAGGAGGCCGCCGAAACUGUACUCGCCGUGGCCGCAAGGCAAAAGGGGGGCUCAAUGAGGUGCAGGUACUGCAGGAGGGGGGUGAAAAAGACUACACUCCAGAUGGCGAUAAAUAUGACCUGUCUGCCACAACAAGGAGGAAGAACAAGUGCAUCCCCAGAACUUCCGUUGGCCCACCAAUUGGGGUCCAGAGAGCUAAUAACAAAGCAGGGUCACAUCAUGCAGGUUUAGUUUCGUGUUUGUCAUCAGCUCUGCUGCUGUCACUCUACUUUGUGAUCCUACGUUGAGGCAGGAAACGGACACUGUUGUGCUGGUGAUGCAACCAUAUGAUUCAUUCUCCUGAACCACCUUGUUCUGGCUCUUUAAAUGAGGCAUGUGCACAUAAAUGUGUGUGUAAAUGACUGUGUACAAAGGACAUCACUGAAAAUCCCUGUGGUAUUAAUGCAGGGGUCAUUCUGAGUCAUAAUCAAUACAUGUUAGUCAGGGAAAACUAUUUUGCCCACUUGCUUUGAUGAUGUCACCAAGGGAAACAACAGGAAAACUUUUGUGUCUCUGGCAUCAACUGCUUCACUGAAUUUAUGUACAGCCACAUAAAAUAACAAGCCAAUAAUUCAGCAACAGGAACACGCAGUAAGUAUCAAAACAGUUCAUGGCUCGGUCUCUGCGUUUAGCCCCCGUGACACGAUAGCGCUCUCAACCGCAACCUCCAUCUGUCAGUCAAGCCGAGAGGAAGACAUACUCAUUUGUAGCUGUCACCGUACUCAUUCAGCAACACCUUAAGAUCAAGAAAGAAAAUACCGCUGACACAAGUGGCAGGAAAAUGAGUCAUUGUGAAACGUUUAGCAGUAAUAGCUAUAACCAUUAUAUACCUGCAAAUAAAGUGGUUUUCGUUCACGUAUCAGGACAAGUUUAAUGUGAAUCUGUAUGCUUAACUUUUAACUUUUUAGUCUAAAUUCUGAAAGUACCACAGAAAUUGUCACUCAACUAUUCGCCAUUCAGGUCUUCAAACUGUUGAAAACUAUAAUCUGUCUGUGCCCUCACAUCGAAACUUCAAAAAGCCAUUCAGAACUAACCAAUCGUCCGAGGAGCCAGCUGGUCACAGUCAGUGUAAAUGAAUGGGAACGAGUGACUGAAAAAAAUUACGAUUUUUUUGUAUUAAUGUUUGUAUGUAUAUGU